AUGACUUCACUGGGUUACACUGCCGAGCUUCCAGAACUUAAAAACAAGUCUAACGCCUGCUCUGCUAUUGGCUUUCUGAUACUCGACCAUCCAUCCAAGAAACCAACUACCCGACUGUCAAACAGUCGUAGUUCAGACAGUCAGUUCAAUUUCUUCCUAGCUGGGGUCCCUCAGUUGGUCCUGGUGUUAGGCGACCUGCACAUCCCGCACCGGUGCAACACUUUGCCGGCUAAGUUCAAGAAGCUUCUGGUGCCGGGAAAGAUCCAACAUAUUCUCUGCACGGGUAACCUUUGCACCAAGGAGAGCUACGACUACCUGAAGACGCUCGCCGGGGACGUCCACAUCGUACGCGGGGACUUUGACGAGAACCUGAACUACCCGGAGCAGAAGGUGGUGACGGUGGGCCAAUUCAAGAUUGGUCUUAUCCACGGCCACCAGGUGAUCCCGUGGGGGGAAAUGGCCAGUUUGGCGCUACUGCAAAGGCAGCUGGAUGUGGACAUCCUCAUCUCUGGACACACGCACAAGUUUGAGGCCUUUGAGAACGAGAACAAGUUCUACAUCAAUCCAGGAUCCGCCACUGGAGCCUACAGCGCACUGGAAUGCAACAUAAUCCCAUCCUUCGUGUUGAUGGACAUCCAGGCGUCCACAGUUGUGACAUACGUCUACCAGCUGAUCGGAGACGACGUCAAAGUGGAACGAAUCGAGUACAAAAAGUCAUAA